AUGGUUAAAAAGGCUAAUAAGAAAUGGAAAAUCUGUAUUGAUUUCACAGACCUCAAUCGAGCAUGUCCCAAAGACAGGUCUCCUUUGCAAAGGAUCGACCACCUUGUUGACACCACCACAGGGCACGAGCUGUUGAGCUUCAUGGAUGCCUUAUCAGGAUAUAGACAGAUCAAGAUGCAUGUCGAGGACGAGGAGAAGACCUUGUCCAUCAUGGAGCAUGGCACUUACUGCUACAAAGUCAUGCCCUUCGUCCUGAAGAAUACUGGUGUCACCUACCAACAACUUGUGAACAAAGUCUUCAAGCACCAAAUGGGAAGAAGUGUCGAAGCCUAUGUGGAUGACAUGGUUGUGAAAAGCUUGAAGGCCGAUAAGCACACCUCGGACCUAGCCGAGACCUUUGCUACACUAAAGAAGUACAACAUGAGGCUUAACCCCAACAAGUGUGCUUUUGACGUCACCUAA